AUGCCAUAUUUGACACACGUGUGUAUAACACGAAUUGAAGCUCCAAAUCCUUUCGGACACCGUUUGACUCCACUUGCUUAUCAUAUUCUUGAUGAGUCUUCAUCUUCCAACUCUCUGAAUCUCCAUGAUUUCUGCGAUCUAAUAGAAAGGGGCGCCGAAUCUCUGGAUUAUGUGCUAAUCGAUCGGAUCGAAGUCAACCCAGGGUAGGUUUUCUUCGAAAAUACAUGGGUUUCUUUAUAGUGUUACACUUCACUUCUCUCUACACCCAAAUCGAGUGGCUCCAGUCUGCUUGUUCUGUGUUGGUGAUUCCAAAUGUCGACCAAAUCAAAUUCAAGCCUUUUUCAACUUCAUGCGGGUGUUAUACGAAGACGACAAAGAAAUCGAAGGAAUGAUACCAAGUGUCAGAGAAGGUGGACUACAGCAAUUGCUUGGGGACAAACUUCAACACGAAAUGGUGAGAUUUUACUGUUGGAGUAGACUUCAUUACGUAAUUUUAUGGGUCUUCCAUAAAUUGCACCAUCGUUGGGUGACUGGGGACUUUCUAGAUGCCAGAUUGCGUCAAAUAUGACAAAACUGUCACGCGUAAGACGAGUUUUUAAAAGUAGAUCUCAAGGGUAAUAUCUUCAAAUAUAAAAUUAUUUUGUUUGGCCUUCGCCCGUUGGUACAGCGUCAAGUAUUUGUUUCCGGAAGAUUUUUUGCGAUCCUUAGAAGGAGGAAUUAAACGGGGAUGGGUUAAGAGUUUGCGCAAAUAUACAAUAACACGGCUUGCUGGUGGAUAUAUUUAUAUGGGAGGGAUAUCAAGGAUUACUCUUCAUUGAGUGGGGUUAAACAGGACGCCUGUUACAGGAUAGUUGUAAUGAAGCAGCCAGAUUGGGCCGUUCUGGUAAGUGAACGCUCGUUUUGUACUGGUGAUAUUUUCUACGGGAAAAGGGAAUAGUAAUAAUACAAUCGGCUAGAGUUCAAACAGUCUUGUUCCCUGGUGGUUCCUGGGAAGAAUGAAGGCUUUCCUCGGUUUCAAAACUUUUUUUGAAUCACGGUUUUCGAAAGUCGCGAGAAUUAUAAUGUUUGAGCUCUUUAUAAACGGACUUAGUACAAUAUCCUCGUGUUUGCUUUGCAUUAGAGACUAAGUCAUUGCACUAAAAUACGAAGAAGAUGGUGCAAAGGAAUACCGAGUGGUCUCUUACCAAUGGUAUUGCUGAAUUUGGGGGGAAAUUAUCUUUUGCUCAAACUUUUUAGAGAUUCAUUAAAAUUAAUGGCUAUUCGACAGUUAUUCUACUUGUUCAUUUCUAGUUUUUGACGUUAUUUCUUACUAUUUUACAAUACUUUCACCUCAUUAUUCCCUUAUGCGAGAUUGUAAACCAGAGCUGUGAAGUAUAAAAAUGGUGGAUCUUGUUUUAGAUCGUAUUAGAUUGAGAGAGAAAAUGCUAUCCGAGACUAAACUUAAAGGGCACAGUAUCUGGAUUGUGCCCGUUAAUGAGGUAAGCAAUGAUAUUUGAGAGCGAUCUGUUGUUAGUUUGAAUAAUGUUGUGAGAGCCGGGCUUGUUUUCGAUAAAUUUUUUGGAUGUGAUGAAAUUUAAGGCGCGAGCUUGGGAAUGAGAUAAGGGAAUGCAGAAGAUUUUGCGUGUAUUUCGAUUUUUGUCGGUUGUAAUUAGUCAGUGAUGCCUGUUAAAAAUUACUCAGGUCACCGCCUACACCACUAGUAUAAUAUAAUGGAAUGCUCUGUGCCUUGUUCCAUAGGACUUCUCAUGUUUGCAAGAUAAACACCGUCAGAAAGGGUCUUAAAUGUUUGUCGAAUAUUAUCACAAAGGUUGUCAAAACGAGGAAAGAGUAGAGUUACUCUCAAAAACCAAUCGAUUUCUUUAGAUUUUGGUUUUAAUUCAUUCUCCAAACUGUUGUAAUGGGGCUUUCAGAUGAGUCAGGGCGUUGAGAGCUAGGGAAUUUCUUUAAGAUAAGGGUGUCAUUUCGAUUCCUCGCCAAUUUGGGUUAUUUUAGAUUGACUUCAACAAAAAAAUGGAUUCCAAAAACGAGAAGAUCAAUGACGUCCAACGGCAGAUCCUCGAAGUGAAAACGGUGAUGAGCGAUAACGUGGCCAGAGUUUUGGAAAGAGGAGAUCGGUUGGAGAACCUGGACACACGAGCUGAAGCGUUGCAACAGUCGGUAGGUCAAAGUUUAUAACAAAAUAAUUUUAUAAGUAUUGUGGUAAUAUCGGUAUGAUUCAACUUUUUUUGUACCUGAGCCUUUGCCUAUUGAUAUCUGACCCAUUUUCCGCUUGGUAGAGCGAUUGGAAUUUUAUGAUUUAAAGGUUUCUUAGGAGUGUGGAUUACUUUACUCUCUAAAAUGCAUCGAGUUUACGUAGUAGAAGAAUGUGCUCGUAGUUAUACUGUUAAUGAUCCUUAUGUAAGUUGGGGUUUUCCGGAAAAUAGAACUAGUAUUCCGACAGUUCUGUUGAUCAUUUAUAUCAGGUUAAAGUAGCAGACGUUGGUCUUAUUUCUGACGUUUUCAUUUGAAUUCUUUCAGAGUCAGACAUUCAAGACCACGGCCCAUCGAGUUCAGCGGAAUAUGUGCAUGAGGAACUUGAAAUGGACAAUCAUCCUGGGCGUAGUAUCAGUUAUACUCCUUCUUAUUGUCAUAUUCCUCGUCCUCCGGUCCACCGGUGUGUUGUAA